ACUACUCUACUAGCUAAUUACCUCCGUUUCGGCGCCGCAUCCAGCCCCGGCCCACAACAUAUGCCCGCGCGCGACCACGCGGCAGGUCUCGCUCCCCGUCUACCAACUCGGUCGCUUCGCUUCAGCGGCUCGUCGUUGCUAUCACUUCGUCGCCGCGGGUCGAUAGCAAAGCUUGGCCCGCUUGCGCAUCGCGGCUGCCGGACCCGGACGCACGCGGCCGCCUGGAGGCGGGCGGCUCCCUUCCGGCUUCCGCGGCGCCUGAGGAGGCUAUAAGCACGCGUCGCGUUCAACAACGCAUCAGCAGAGAGUGUCCUAAAAGGAGCCAGUCUCAUAGGUCGACUGAGAGAUGGCGUCCGAGAUGAGCAAAAACGUGAAGGCCCUCGACGAGCAGGAGGUCACCUCGCAGCACUCACGCGCCCAGACCAGCGACGCUGCCGAGGAGCAGCAGCAGCAACAGCAGGCGGUGGACCCGCUGGCGCGGCAGUCGUCCAUUAUGUCGCUGACGCUGGAGGAGCUGCAGAACUCGCUGUGCGAGCCGGGCCGCAACUUCGGAUCCAUGAACAUGGACGAGUUCAUGGCCAACAUAUGGAACGCCGAGGAGUUCCAGGCCGCCACAGCCGGCUGCAACAAGGAGGGCGCGGAGCGUGAGCCGGUGCCCGUGGCGACGACGACGGGCACAGGUGAGAACGGAGGAGGAGGAGGAAGUGGGAGGGGACUGGUUCGGCAGGGUUCGUUCGCGCUGCCGCCGCCGCUGUCCCGGAAGACGGUGGAGGAGGUCUGGGCCGAGAUCAGCCAGGGCCCGGCGGACUUCCAGGCCAGCGCGGCGCCGCAGCCCGUGGCGCAGCCCCAGGCGGCGAGCGGCGGCGGCGUCGCGGCCAGCGGGCGGCAGGCGACGCUGGGCGAGAUGACGCUGGAGGACUUCCUCGUGAAGGCCGGCGUCGUGCGGGGCGCCUUCGCCGGCCACGGCCACGGCGUCGGCAUGGUCCCGGCCGGCCCGAUGGGCAUGCAGCACAACGCGGCUCCUCCCAUGAUGUACCAGGUGGCGGCAGCGGCGGCGCCGCCGCCCGGCGCUGUAUACCCGGUGAUGGGCGACGGCAUGGGGUACCACGGCGGCGGGUACCCCGGGGGCGUGGCGGUGGUGCCGCCCCCGCCGCCGUCUCAGUGCGUGGCGGCCGCCGCCAGCCCGGGGUCGUCGGACGGGAUGAGCGCCAUGACGCAGGCGGAGAUGAUGAACUGCAUUGGCAACGGAGGGGUGGUCCGCAACGGCGGCGGCGGCGCGCGGAAGCGCGACUUCCCCGAGGACGGGUGCACCGAGAAGACCGUGGAGCGACGGCAGCGCCGCAUGAUCAAGAACCGCGAGUCCGCGGCCCGGUCACGCGCCCGGAAGCAGGCGUAUACCGUGGAGCUUGAGGCUGAGCUGAACCAUCUCAAGGAGGAGAACGAGCGCCUCAGAGCAGAGGAGAGGACGAUUCUGCUGUCGAAGAAAAAGAUGCUGGUGGAGAAGAUGAUGGAGCAGGCAAGGGAGAAUGUGAGCGCCAAGAAGGUCGGUCCCGGACUGCGCCGGUGGGGCAGCGCCAUGUGGUGAACUUGUGACGAGUGAGACUCGCGUUGUGCAGUUCCAGUUCGAUUGGCGCUUGCUUGCUUGCUUCCAUGGAAAGUGCUGUACCUGUCGGUACCAGAACCAUUGGUAACAGUACGCGAUGUGAUUGACGCAUACGUCUCUGAGGGACUAAUAGAUAUAUGGGCAAGAGCUUCCGCGUUGGCCUGCUAUUGUUCAUAAGCCUUGGGUUGUACAAACAAUAAACCAGCUGUCUUUAAGAUAGCAACUCAACACAAAGCUAUGUGUUUUCGUCCAUGUUUAUUUGACAUGGGCCAUACUGA